GCUGUCAUUCCAGUGUUUUCACGAUCUGUUUUCAAUGCCACCGGGUGAUGUUUUUUGGCACUUUGCUUAUCCCAGUUAAACCAUGAAGACUGCCAGUGGAAAGAGGAAAAUACAAGAAGAUUUCCUGUCACUGGAAACGAUGGUGAACGGUAUUGACGGUCGGUUACAGUAAUGACAUUCAUUCAUAGCAAAAUAAGUUACAAAAGAGAUUGUUUUUGUUGCAAGUUUAGUGUAGCAUUACUCAACUCUACCUCUUUUUAAAACAAGUCAGAUGUAAACAAGUUUAUGUACACAUGGAGGGAUUCUACCGAACUUUAGGAGUCAAGCUUCCCUAAUGAUUCUGCAAAAGGGUGUUUCGUAGGCACAUGUGGACCAGUUUAGCUCCUGGACUGAGCUAACACACGUUUUUGUCAUCAUGACUAUGUUGGCCUUUGGCGCUAGAGCCGUCCUCUUUAACCUGAGGUACACCAUCCAGAGAGCAGGCUGCUUCACCAGAACCAGACUCCUUCAAAGCUCCAGGACACGUUUGUAUAAAAGAGGGCAGAUUUUAACCCAGGUACCAAAGGUUACUUUGCUAUGUUUUGGAGCAGUAAGUGCUUCAUCCUCUGCUGCAAGAUGCCAAGAAGCACUUCUUCCAUCUCAAACUACAGAGAGAAAGUCUUUAGCUAGAGUCCAAGUGCACAAGAUCAUAUUUUUCCUCCGCCUCAGCCUCCGUGCAUUGGUGCUGCUCCUCAAGUUUGGACCUCUUCUUCUGCUUUCCCCUUUGGCGCUGGUGUCUGCUCGCUGGGCGUCCCACUGGCUGGAUGCUCUUCUGUGGGUGACUGAAACAUCUGGUCCCACCUUCAUCAAGCUGGGGCAGUGGGCCAGCACCAGACGGGACAUCUUCUCUCAGGAGUUUUGUGAACGCUUCUCCAGGCUCCAUGUAAAGGUGCGCCCCCACUCCUGGGCCCACACCAAGCAGUGUCUCAGGAGGGCCUUUGGGGAGGGCUGGAGGAGGGUGUUAGUGUUUGAGAGCAAAGAGCCUGUGGGUUCAGGGUGUGUGGCUCAGGUGUACAGAGGGUGGGCCAAGGCGGACAAGGUGGAGGAUCCUGCCUUCCAGUCGCUGGUGGAGCAGAUGGAGAAGGAGGACUUACUAGAAGCCUGGGAGAUCCCUGGUCUAGGGGGAGUGACAAGGGCUCUGUGGCAGCUGUGGAGUGGGGGCAAGAAGGAGGAAAGUCAUGAGGAGAGAGGUCAUCCAGUGGGGUGGCAUGAGGAGAAAGUCACAGAGAAGGAGCAUCUGAUACCUGUGGCUAUCAAGGUGGUGCACCCAGGAGUCAGGAGGCAGGUGGAAAUUGACCUCUUGCUUAUGAAAGCGGGAAGUUGGCUUCUGCACUGUCUCCCAGGACUGAAAUGGCUCAGUCUGUGUGAGAUAGUAGAUGAGUUUGAGAAGCUCAUGACCAAACAGAUUGAUCUUCGCUUUGAGGCAAAAAACAUAGAGCGUUUCCGUGAGAAUUUCCGUGAUGUGAAUUAUGUCAAAUUUCCAACUCCAUUGCGACCGUUCAUCACCAGGACCAUUUUAGUGGAAACUUUUGAAGAGAGUGAGCCCAUAUCAAACUACCUGCACUCUGAGAUCCCUCAGGAGGUGAAGCAGAGAAUUGCCAGGAUGGGAGUCGACACCAUGCUGAAAAUGGUUUUUAUUGACAACUUUGUCCACGGGGAUCUCCAUCCUGGGAACAUUCUGGUUCAGUGUUCAGGGCCUCUUCCUGGUUCCAGUCACAGUGCCAGUAUCUCAGGGGAAGCCCACGGUAAGACCACCCUCACUGACCUAUGGGACACGGUGGUGGUCAGCGUCAGGCCAGAGCCCUAUCCUCUUCAGUUGGUUCUGCUGGAUGCCGGCAUCGUUGCCCAGCUCAGUGAUCACGAUCUUGCCAAUUUUAAGGCUGUCUUUACAGCUGUGGUGCAGAGACAGGGUGAGCGAGUGGCAGAGUUGAUCCUGAAUCAUGCUCGGGCUAAUGAUUGCAAAGACGUGCCACAGUUUAAGAAGGAGAUGGCUCAACUGGUGGAUCAUGCCCUCAGCAACCCCCUUUCUCUGGGAAAGAUCCAAGUGGGUGAACUGCUCUCCAGAGUUUUUGGUCUGCUCAUCAAACACAAGGUGAAGCUGGAGAGUAACUUUGCGUCCAUCGUGUUUGCCAUCAUGGUGCUGGAGGGUCUGGGCAGGUCACUUGAUCCUAACUUGGACAUCCUGGAUUUAGCCAAACCCCUGCUGCUAAAGAACUGUGCCUCGCUGCUCUGAACUACACAGACACACAACCAGCUCAUGCACGGUGAACCACACACAGACAGACAUGCUUGACGUUACAGCUACUGUAUACAUACACAAAUCUGCCAUAUAUGUGAAUGUUAGCAACGUAAAACCUUUUCACAAUGUCGGCAAACUUAAUGUCAUAGCUGGAUCCUUAAGUUGGCUGAAGAGGCAGACAUUUGUUUACUUUAACUUAUUAGAUCAGUUACUAACAGGCUCAUCUCACUGAGUCUGUUGUAGGAUCUUGAUCAAGAGAAGUGGAAAGGGGCAUUUUGUUGUUUUCGUUUACAGAUCAGAGCUGUUUUGGCUGAAGAAGGCUGCUUUCCAGUAUUAGGGUAGUAGUUUUGAUAUUGUGGCUGCAAAAACUCAAAAUUUAGCAAGUGUCAGCACUUCAGUGAAAUGCCAUUACACUGAUAAGAAGCCACAUUCACUGGACAAGUCCAGAUGAAACUCUUGUCUCUGGAUAUGAAAAAAUAAAGCUUGAACUGUACAUAAUAAGUAGAAUUAUCUGCAAUGCAGCAAGCACAUUUUACAUGUCAAGUAUCUUGAGAUGAGAUUGCUUGCUAAUUUUAAUGGUAACUUUUUUGUAAAUGCUCCACACGUUAUCAAUGAUUAACAUUAAUUCAUUCUUUUAUUCCAGAUGAAAUAUCAGUAAUGCGCAUAUAUUGAUAGUAUCUUGUGAAUUACUUUAUACAGGUUCUGUUCAGAUGACGUAAUGCAGCAGUGAACACCUGUUGGGGGGCAAGUAGGGAUUCCUGCAUAGAGAAAUACUAUCAAAAAUGUCAUGUUUUGACCUGUUCAUUCAUGGUAAUUCCACUUUUAUCAUGAGUAGUGCUGAAAUUGAUCAUCUUUUUUCCAGUUGCAGCAGAAACAUUUCACCCACAGAAAUCAGCUGGGAGGAGCAUACAUCCUUUAUGUGAGGCACCACUUGUUAAUUGAGUACUAAUGGGCACACUGACGACAUCACAAAGCAUUUGUAGUGAUUUAAGAUCUAAAAGAGAUUACUGCCAAACCUCCAGUGGAUACUCAAAAGCAUAUUUACUUUUUAAUGACUAAAAUUGAUCUCAGGAUGUGUUUUAUCACUUAUUUUUUAUAGCAUCUUGCAUAAUGUUGUCUAAUGGACCAGAUUUGCUCUAAUGGGUGUAUCACAAUGUACUGUAUCAUCACAACUUGAACGUAAUUGAACUCACGACUGACUUGUGUCUUUUAAAUAACAUGAAUCUGAACACUUAUGAUUUUAA